AUGGAUAUUCAAAUGAAAUCAUUGAUUAUUUUAAUUCAACGUAAUAUUAAUAAUUAUAUUUAUGGUAAUGAUAUUGUUAGAUAUUUUGUAAUAUCUGAACAAGAUUUAUUAUUAGAAGCUGAAAUUAACAGAGUUUGUGAAAUUAUUGAUGAAGUGACAAAAACUCUUACAGAUGAAAAUAAUGCUUACUUACAAUCAGUUUUUAAAAAUUUAAAUGUUUUUACGACUAUUAAAACUGAAGUUCAAAAAU